GAGCAAAUCCAAGCGAGCAGAGGGAGGAAACCGAAGUUCCCUGAGUUUUUUCCCCUUAUUUUCCGUUCCCUCUCACUCUUGAGGAGGGAUGGAGCUGGAAAUCUGAAGAGUGCAACCGGAGCCUGCCGAGUUCGAGCAAAGCUCAGAAUCUGACCUCCAUUCACACCCUAAAACCCCCUCUUGAGAGGUCUGUUGCCCUGCACAGCCUUGGGACCCAACAUCCAGUUCAGCAUGAAGCUCUGUUUUGUGCUUUGCCUGGCACUGUUUUGGGUGGAGCUCCAACAUGGCAACUGCCAGCAAGCCAAGAGAAGAAAGGAUUCAGGGGAGAACCGCAUCAGACCAGGAGGGAAACGAGGAAAGAUACGUCAACCCAAAGUGAAGGAGGGAGGUGGGCGAGGCCACAGCCUGCUGACUCAGGUGUUGGAAAAAGGGCGUUUCCUGCGUUUGGGCCAGAGCACGGUUCUGGCCCCAGGGAAUAACAUGGAGCUGCGCUGCAAAGGCACCAACAUCGGGUGGGCUUACCCCACCUACCUGGACACCUUCAACGACUCUAGGCUAAGCAUCGUACAGAGUGACAAGUAUAGUCAGCUCACCCUGACGUCGCCCUCAGCUGCCGAUACGGGACAGUACAGUUGCUGGGUGGUUGUGUGUGAUGGUCGUGACUGUGAAAAGGACCACGAACAUGUGUACUCCUCCAACAUCUAUUUUGCAGACAAGGACAACCUCUUUGUCCCAUCUGAUAUCCACUUCCAGAUUGUAUACUUGCGUCCGGACAAGCCAGCUGUGGUGCCAUGUCGCGUAACCACUCCACAGGCCAAAGUGUCGUUACACAGAGAAGUACCGCCUGAAGAGAUCCAGGCCAAUGAGACCUUGGUCAACUAUGAUCCCGCCAAGGGUUUUGUCCUACAGACACCCGGCCUCGAGUAUCAGGGAGUGUUCUACUGUAAGGCCGUGAACAAAGGAACACCGCAGAUCUCCACAAAAUAUCAGCUGCUCUUUGUAGAAGUCCCCAGUAGUCCACCUUUUGUGAGCCUGCAGGCUUCUUCUGAGCUGGUCAGCGGAGGUGACAACGUCAACGUGACCUGCAGCGUGAUAGGGGAGCCGGACAUUGACGUAAGCUUCACCUGGUCUUAUCCCGGAGAGGGCCAGCGUCCUGUUCACAUCCAAACUACAUGGAGGCUGGUCAAUCGAGGCCGGGGUCAGACGACACGUAUCACACAAAGUGUCCUCAGCGUGGAAGACAUGGAGACCAUCGAUUUUGGAGAGUACAUCUGCAAAGCCAAGAACCAACGCGGCGAGACACUUGUGAUGACCAGCAUCAUGUCCAAAUAGCCCCUGUUUGGUUUAAGUUGGUAUAUGGAUAGCACACCCAAUAAAGCUAAACCCUUCAGUGUUUUUAAGAAUCACAAAAUCACAAUAGCUGACCGAGUCCCUUAUGAGUCAAACCAACAAGACAACAGUUUCCCAUCUCCUCCAACGUUACUAUGCACUUUGCUGCAGCUCUUUUUCAUGCUAAAAGCUUGACACUGGAAAAGACGACGGCAGCAUUAAGAGCUAUGCUGUGGCGCUGUGGCUCUGUGGCCUGUCACGAGCAGAAGUUGAAAACUUUGCCAGGCUUAUAUUUUAAUGUGCUCCAUAUGUGGAAUGUGUUCCACAUGCCCAGAACGAGUUUUGUUUUAGUGCUGCUUCCUCCCUGCCUUUCUAAACGGUAACUUUCUGCAGAAAGCUCGGAACUCGCGACCAAGUGAAACAAAUGAGUGUUUUACUAAAACAGCGGAGAUAGAACUCACAGGCGUAACCUUCUUCAUCUACCAAUAAACAGCAUAUUUCUU